AUGAAGACAGCUGUUGUCGCUCUUUUGGCCGUUGCCUUCGUUUUAUUCAUAACUGAAGGGCAAUGCAGCCAUGAACAUGAUGGCGAAAGACCACCUCCACCAGAGUUCCUCAACAACCUUAACCAGACUGCUAAGGAAGAGUUCUGGAACAUAGUCAAAGACAAAGGUCUCGACCACAACCAGAAGAGAGAAAAGUUUUUGGCCUGGGGAGAGAAAUACGGUCUUCAGGUCAGUUGA